CAACAUCAUUUUUGGAUCCGAAAUAAGGAAGAUCGAUGAUCUCAGCGCUGCACGCGCCCAGUAAGAGCGAGUUAUCGUUCCUUCUUUACCCAUGCAACUGGGACGUUACACUGCUGCGUGACAACUCGCUUCUCCUGAUAGCUGACCUUGCCCUGAGCAUACACAAUCCUUCACGAGACGAUCCCCACCAUGGGACAUAAGAUUUUUUCCCGCGUUCCACAGACCCAAGCUCGCUCAUGCUCCACCUUCUCUGUUCCUCCACUCGAUGGGACACUCACUCUUCCGGAACUCUUUGAAUGGCAGAGUAAACACUCUCCCAAUCAUCGUCUUUUCACCUUCUCGCGAGAGGAUGGUACUAUCGGGAACAUAUAUUGGCCCGAGGCUAUUCGCGCCGUGCAUACGGGUGCAAGGAUCAUUCAGGACCGUCUGGGCGCUAAACACGAGUCAAAGGAUGCACCUGUAGUUGCCAUACUCGCACAUUCUGGCAUUUUACGUGCGAACUGCGUGGCCUUCCCGAUUUCUCCGCGCAAUUCCCCUGCGGCUACCGCCCAUCUUCUAGUCACGGCGAAGGUUCAGCAUAUCCUCGUUGGUCGGGAGCAGGCGAUGCUCGAUCUCGCGCACAGCGCGCUCAAGAUAAUGGAAUCUCAGCAUCCCUCAACCUCUCUGCCGCAGCUUUCCUCCAUGCCGCUUUUUGAAGACUUAUACCUUCGCGGCGACGACCUCGCUGACCCUGUCGAGAAUAUAGCAUUCAGCACUCCUGAUAUGAAUGCCACUGCAAUGAUCAUACACUCAUCAGGAUCGACUGCCUUUCCGAAACCAAUACAUGUCACGCAUCGUCGCUUUGUUGAACUGAGUUUGAUACCAUGGUUCGGCGAGCACGACUUGACAGACAAGGUUCUUUCACUACACGCGAUGCCGAUGUAUCACGGAAUGGGUACCAUGCAAGCCAGUUGGACGGCCUCCUGCGGGCUGGUCUUGAGCGUGUUCGAGCCAAAGUCGCCCGCUCUCAUACCGACCCCUGACUCAGUGUUACUCAAUGCCAAAGCUACAAACAGUGAUCUCGUGUUCUGUGUUCCGGCGUUCAUCGAGGCAUGGUCGAGAAGUCCUGAAUAUGUUACAUGGCUUGCCUCGCGUCAGGGAGUGCUAUACGGCGGAGGCCCGUUGGAUAAACACACUGGAGAUUAUCUAACGUCAAAAGGCAUAUCUAUUUACAUAUUAUAUGGAUCAACUGAAGCUGGGGUCAUGAGUCCCGUUUUACCUGCCCAUGUCGAGUAUGACUGGGCUUAUUUCAGGUUUCCUGAUUAUAUGAAGACGGAGAUGGUAUCUUACGGCGACAACACUUUUGAACUAGUCGUAAUAGCCAGCGAGUUCAACCAGCCAUCAGUUUUGAACACGGUUGUCUCCGGCGUCAAAGCGUAUGCGACCUCAGAUUUACUUUCACCUCAUCCGACCAAACCAGGAUUCUGGAGGGUCUAUGGCCGCACAGAUGACCAAAUCAUGCAUAACACGGGUGAGAAGACCAAUCCCGGCCCCCUAGAGAGCAUACUCUAUCAGGACCCGCAUGUGCAAUCAUGCGUGAUGUUCGGCCGUGGUCGCUUCCAAGCGGGCGUACUCAUAGACGUAAAGCCGCAGUUCAAAUUCGAUCCAUCGGACGAGGUCGCACUUGCUGCCUUCCGAAAUGCGAUAAUGCCAACGGUAGAAAAAAUGAACGAGUACGCGCCGCAGCACUCGCGGAUCUUCAAGGAGAUGAUUAUUGUGUCCAAACCGUCUAAGCCGUUCACGUACACCGCGAAGGGCACUCCGCGCCGUCACGCCGUGAUCAAGGAUUACGACAACGAAAUCGACGAGUCGUAUAAGCUCAUCGACCAAAGCACGCUGUCAAACAUUCCGGCACCGCCUGAGUGGGAUAUAGUUGACAUUACAGAUUUCGUCCGUGCAGUCGUUGCAAAGGUCAUGACGCACGAUGUCGGCGAUCACGAUGACCUGUUCGAGCACGGCUGUGACAGCUUGCAGGCAACGUGGAUCCGCAAUUCUCUCCUACGAGCGGUACGUAACACUGCCGAGCUGGAAACUCGCAAGUCUGCCAAGAACUUUGUCUACGAGCACCCAAUGAUUGCCAGCCUCGCUGCCUUCAUAUCGUCCAUGGCGACGGGUAUCGAAAACGGCAAAGUAAUCUCUCAGCAAGCCCGCGUGGAUGCUAUGAAUGCAAUGGUCUCUACGUAUACAAAGGCAUUUCUGACUCACAAGGAAAGUCCGCGCUCAGCAGCCUCGUCCCUGACUGGGGAUGUAGUAGUUCUGACAGGAACGACUGGUAAUCUCGGCUGUCGAGUCCUCGCUGAGCUGGCAUCGGACUCCACGGUUGCCAGGGUUUAUGCCUUGAAUAGAUCAUCGAGCAGUGAGCAGACGUUGUCCGAACGACAGAAGCUGGCGAUGGCUACGCAUGGUCUGGACGCUGGCUUGUUGCAAGGGGGCAAGGUUAUCCUGUUAGAGAGUGACGUUGCUUCGACGAACCUCGGUCUUGCUGAAGAUGUGUAUGAGGAGAUGCGCCAAAGUGUGACGCACAUUAUACACAACGCCUGGCCCGUGGAUUUCAACCUAUCUCUGGCAUCGUUCGAAAGGAGCGUGAAAGGUUUACGCUCUCUCAUCGACUUUGCGCUUGGGUCUCCUCGAGCAACUCCCCCGAAGUUGCUGUUCAUGAGCUCUAUCAGCGUUUUCCGCAACCUUCAGGGCGGUGAUGUGCAGACCGAAAGCCAGAUCGGACCCACAGUAGCAGCUGGAACCGGUUAUUCCGAAUCGAAAUGGAUAGCGGAAGAGAUCCUCUGCCGUGCUUCUGCAGCAACCACUCUCACGUCUGUGAUCGUUCGUAUUGGUCAAAUAUGCGGUGGUCCCGACGGGGCAUGGAACGCCAGAGAGUGGUUCCCUUCUCUCGUAAAGAGUGCUCAGAAGCUAGGCUGUUUCCCCGAUGAUCAGAGGACGGUGGAUUGGAUCCCGAUCGAUAUUGCUGCGACAGCAGUGACCCAGUUUCGUGGUGUUUCACGCACAUGCUUCGUUCACCUCGUCCACCCCCGUCCCGUGUCUUGGUCAUCCAUCGCCGCCGUCGUCGCGAACGAUCUGUCUGUCAAGCUCGUUUCAUACAAGCAGUGGUUGACAGCUCUGGAACAAGCACGUAGUAAAAUGUCCGGGGAUGACGAUGAUGAGACGAGGCCCCUUCGCGCCCUCCCCGCGCUGCUACUUCUGCCUUUCUUCCAAUCAGUCCUGAAGGCGCCAGGAGCGCAUGCCUUGGGCUUCCCCAUGCUCGAAACCACUCAUGCGAUUAGCUCAGCUGCCGUCCUGCGAGAUCCCCGUCUGCGGCAGUUGCGCUCGGGCGACGUGAAGAGUUGGUUGGCUUAUUGGCACAAGGUUGGGUUGUUGUCGAUGCCUGCGUAAAGAUUAUGUCUGUAUGACGCGACCUGUUGUGAUAAUUUGAUGUUGGCGGGAUACAUCAUCGAUCAGAUUCAUUGUGUGGUUAAAAUACGCCGUUUCAAGUUUCAUGUCCGAGAUGCAUGUGCUGAAC